AUGCCUUCCCGUCCUUCGCAUCUACAAGUGGAAGGACUUGUAGAAUUUUUGGAGCAAAAUCCAAAUAUUGCCAAGGGCUUAUUAAAGACGGCUCAAGGUAAAACCGAAACAAAAAGAAAGUGGGCUCAAAUUGCAGUCACUUUGAAUGCGCUCGGCGGAGUUAAUAAAGAUGGCCCCGGCUGGGCAAAAUAUUGGGCUGAAAAGAAAUGCUUGUUAAAGAAAAUGUGCAGCAAGCUUUCAGCUUCAUUAAGGCAAACGGGGGGAGGUACCACUGAUCUUCCACAAUUAUCCGAUAUGGAUAAGCGUUUUGUGGCAGUAAUGGGUGGACGAAGUUUUGCUUGUGGAGAUAGCCAGCUAGCUAUUAACCCUUUCCCACAAAUGCAUUUGACAUCAGAAACUGCAACAACUGCAGUAAUGGAGACACCACGAGACGUUGGAAAUGAAGUGCAAGUAGAAGUUCCCGAAGAAAUAGUUAUUGAAGUUCUGCCUUCUCCUUCCCCAACCGCAUCACAAGUUGUGCCUCCCCCUUUGUCACCAGAACCACUACCCACUUAUCCAAAAAUAGAUCGCAUGGCGCGGAUCGAGGAACGACGUGUAGAAGCUGAGAGAAUGACUGCUGAAGCACUAGCAGCCACUAGCAGUAGAAUUGAUAGGCUCGCUGAUGCAAUAUUGGAAGUGGCAGCAGCCUUAAAUAACAUUGCAAAUAAUUUGGCUUUGUGA